AUUGGUGCAAUGGAAAUUAGUAGCUUCACCUUUGUGUAAUUUUGUUUUUUGUAUUUUCGUGUCUAUGAAUUAACAAUCAAACUUUUAAUGAACUCACUUUCGAAAACAUAAUAUGCAUAGUAUUAUAUUGCGAUCGUUGUGGUAAAAUUUAAUCUGUACUAUUAUGCUGGUAUGAUGUAAAUAUCACAUAAUUGCUGGAGUUAGUCCAGUUAGAAUCAAGGAUCAAUAAUAAAUAUUAUAAUGGCUAAUGUGAAUAAAAUCAAAGCUCUUUUAUCUGACUUGGGUAGAUCAACUAAAAGGGGUGUAAAAAAGUGUCCUUCAUGUGGGACAUACAAUGGAACUAGAACCGUGGUAUGCAAGACAUGUUAUAUACUGCUAAAACCGAAUAAUAAUAAAGUUUCACCAUCUGAAGUGUGCCAACUACUUACAUCUUCAUCGUCUCGGGUAUAUUAAAUAUGCUAUAAUUUUAUUGUAUAGGAUUUGUAUAUUAAAAUAUUUAUGUUAAAAUAUUUUAGAUUUUUUCUUAUAUAUCAUCAGAAAAUAUUGACUUCACCGAAAGAGGAUUUGUCAAUUUUCCAGAUGUAAACCAUGAUGAAAUUGACAAAUUUGACACAGGAAUUUGCUUAGUCCAAUCAUGUGAGCGUUCAUUUGAUAGUAAUGUUCUUAAGUGUCAUGUAAGUGAAUAAAUUGUAUUCUAAGUAGGUAUGUUUUACAUUAAUUUCAACUUUUACUCAGUAAUUUAAGUUGUAUCUAUAAUAAAUUAACUGUCAAAUUUGUUAAAUUUAUUAAUCAAGCUAAAUAUUAUUUGAUAGAUUAAAAAUUAAUUAUCUUUUGUUCCAUAGUUACUAGUAGGACCUACAAAAUAAUCUCACCUUUUAACAUCUGUUUUUAUUUAUUCCUAAUUUUAAUUCUGAAUAUGGUAUUAAUUUUACCUUUAGUUCAUAACUUAUUAAUUUAGAGUUGAAAUUAAUGAAUUGUAAAAUUUUGUACCUAUACUUAAAAUGUUUUAUUCUUUUUUAUAGGAAAGUGUGUUAAAUACUAGUAUUCAAACCGAGUCUUGCAAACAUGUGUACAGUUGUUUUGACUGUAAUACUAUUGGUGUAUCAUUGAAAAUAGAUAAACAGGUUUUGGAAUCUUUUAGGGUUCCUCAAACUGUAAAACAAGUAUGUUUUUAAUUUUUUAAAGUAUUGAAUUUUCAAGUAUUUUUAUUUUAAAUUGUGAUCUUUUAUUAUUUAGGAAGUAUGGUCAAAUUUUAUAGAUCAGAGAAAACCAUAUUUGCAACGUGUAUCAGAAAAUAUCUUUGUUGUUCGAUGCAAAAUAAGCACUCAAAAUCCUUUAGGCUAUCUUCAUUGUAUUAUUGGUAAAUUAAAUAGCUGUUUUUGCUGUACAACUACAUUGGUUACUGUUGAUCAAAUGGUAUUAUAUUGAUAAAAUAUGAUUUAUAUAUGAUUUGUUUUUUAUAACAUGCAUUUUUUUAGGAUCAAAUACCAGAUUUAAAUACAUAUUUUUGUUGCCAUUAUAUUGCAUGUUUAAGUGCCAUAGCUAGUUCUCAAUGUAUGGUGCAAGAGUUUGAAAAAAAUCUUAAUCCUUUUGUAUCUGUUUCUACACUGUCAACAAGUAUCAUUCAGCUUGACAAUUUGCCUAGUAAGAUAAAUACUUUAUUUAAAAUGAUUAAACAACAAAACAUAAUAAAUAUAAAAGCAUCUUUAAUUUAAUACAAUAAAUUUAUAAACCUCUUAUUGUAAUAUACAAAAAUGAUACUUUAAUAAAUGUGUAAAAUAUAUUUUAUUUAAGUUUGAUCAAACUUAUAUGUCCAGAUAAAACAAGACACAUUUGAUAUUUAGAAUUGUAUGAAUAGGGCAAUUUUUUUAAGAGAAUUUGAGAGAGAAUAUUUGAAAAUUAUAUUUUAUUUAUUGAUUAUCGCCAUACAAAAUUCCAUACAUUAAAAUGUUUUUUUUUUCAUCAUAAAUUAUAUUACAUUGAUUGUAUGUUUUAAAACUAUUAAUGUAGCCUAUACUUAUUUAAUUGUUAUUUUAGAUGUACAAGUUUCAAUGGCAGAAGAAAGUAAUGAUCCUGUCACAUUUUUUGAUGAGCAGAUGAUUUUAACUAGUGAAACCUGUAUCUUAGAGACUAUUCCUAAGUAUCAAAGAAUAGUUCCAAAUAUUUUAUCAAAAGUACAAAAUUAAUUUCAGCUGAGUAAUUUAUAGAUUAUUAAAACUAUCAUAAACAAUGAAUAAUUUUUUUUUUAAAAUAUUAAUUAAAACUAUAGUACACAGAGAUUAUAUUUUUUGAAUCUACAGUGUUAUGUACUAGUUAUAUCUAAUAUUUUUAUUGGUUUAUGAUAUACAUUUUUUUUUAAAUUGUUAUUAGUUUUUUACAUUGUUUGAGAAAUAGUAUAUUAAGAUAUUAAUCAAUAUAAAAAAUCUUGAUUUUUUUAGAAACGGACUAAAAAAAAUCCAAAUACGAGGGCUAAAAAGAAAGAAUGUAUGAUAAUAAUAAUUAAAAUUGUUUUAUAUUUUUAAAUUGAAUUAACUUUUUAUAUUAAGGUUUUGAAGAAUCACAAGUGGUUAAUCCAAAUCCAGUAUUAGAUUUUGAAAGAUGGCUAUCUUCUGUAACUGAACGUAUCAAUCAAGAAAUGCAUUAUCAAUUUGAUGGUAAUCCUCAAACUAUGGUAUUUACUAUUCAUAAAGUUAGUAUUAUUAAUUUAUUAAAAUAAAUUAUUUUUCACUUCAAAUAUAUUUUGCUGCAAAUUAUAUAGACUGAAUUUCUUAAAGACUCAGAACCCCAAAAACAUUUUUUUUUUUUUUAAAUACAAUAAUAAUUAGAAAAUUAAUCAUACAUUUUUAUAGAAUUUUUAGGAUUAAACUGGACUUGUUUAUAAUCAAUUUAUUUAAAUUAAGAAUAGUACAGUUGAUUAGUUUUUGUAUAAAAUUUAGUGGUGGAAUAGAUAUUUUUAUUUGAUUAUUUUUGAGAAAUUAAUUUAUAAUUUCAAACAAAAUAAUUCUGGUUUAAUUAAUUGCAAACGUAUUUAAUAGAUACCAGAAUUUGAAUGUGCAAAGCUACUAACUGUAUCUAGGAUCAGUCAAGGUAAAUGUGAACUUUUUAGAUAACUUCUGUGAAAUAACUAAUAAUGUUCUAAUAAACUAACUAAUUAUUUAUUUAUUUUUCUGGGGACUAAGACUAUUUAUAUUAAAAUUAUUGACUAAUAAAAUGUUACAUUAUAACAAAUAUCACUAUUAUAGAAACUUGUAUCUACAGUUUUGAAUAUGGUUCACUUGGGUGCGUUACAUUGAAAGGUGCUUAUACAAAUAGUUUAUAGUCACCCUGCUCCCUCUCUUCUCCUGUAAAUAAUUUAUACAUAUUCCUUAGUCAGUAGGUACGUAUUUAAUAUUUUUAUGAUAGACAUUUAUGUAUUCAUUAAUCAAAAUAUUUAACUAAAAAAAGGAUAGGAUAUAUUAUAGAAUAGUUGAUUAAAAAACAUUGCACAGAAUGCGGUGGUUUUUACAAUUUUCAUUAAUACAUUAACUUAAUAUGCUUAAAAAAAAACCAAAAUUGCACCCAAAAUUUUUGCCAAAACAAUUUUAUCCACAUAAAAAAUGAAGAACUCAUAAAAGAUUAAUAUAAGUGUACUGUGAACAUUUAAAGUCUCAACAAUUAUUUUAAACUAAAUUACAAUAAAAAAUAAAGAAGUCGGUAUUACCAUCAAUUUUCUUGUUUUCUCAAUUAUUAAGAAAAUUACAUGGAAGAACCUAUAGAUAUUAAAGUUGGCCUCUUAAUAUGUUCCGAUAUACCCUGAAUCAUGGGAUAAAAUAUAUGAACAUGAAGGUAUAAAAGCAAAUAGCAUAAAACACCAACUUCUAUUUAUUUAUUUACUAAAGAAUCGCCAGAUAUUAUUACAUUCAAAAAUUACAAUUUUCAUUGAAUUUUUGAUCUAAGAAAGGUUAUAUAAAGUCGAUAUAUAAAAACUGUUCACAUUUACUCUGACGGACCAUAUACACUCAGCAAUGAAUUAAUAUUCUUCUUAUUCAGUCUUCUUAUUUUGUACAUAAACAUAAUUAGUGUCAGAAGAUGAAGAAUGUUAACUAUUGUUAAUGUUCUUAUUGAACAACCACAGUCAGAGAUUAGCCAAGAAUAACAAAUAAAGAUACCAUUAGUCAUCUGGAGAUUGCCAUUAACAUAUAAUAUAUAUGCCAAGAAUACUGAAUGUGGUAGUUCUUGUUUGGCUUUAAUGGUUAAUAAUUGUUUGUUUCAGUUAAUGGCAUUGCAAAAUAUUUUUCAAUGCCAUAUAAUUAAAUUAAAACAAAAUCCACUUGUUUACUUGUACAAUAAAAAUUUGAUUUAAUUUACAGACAUUUUUUGAUUGUAUGCGAGAACGUAUGUGUGCAGCUUCUGCAAAAAAACGUUUACCUAAUUCAACCACAGUAUUUGUAAGACACGAUUCUCCACCGUUGGGUACAUUCACAAUGUAUACCUGGCGUAUUACUAAUAUAAUGCUUGUGAAGAAAAUUUUUGAAACAAACUUAGUACCCCUUAAAAUAAGUCGUAGUUUCAUAAAAAACGCAGACAAUACAUAUGAUGCUUUUGAACAUGAAAAGUAUGACAAUAUACCAUCUGUUAAAUCUCAUCAACCAAUACAACCAAAUGAUUUGAAGACAUAUUUGAAAGUUGGUUAGUAAUAUAUGUUAUUUAGAAAUAAUUUUUUGUAAAUGCAUUAAAAAUAAUAUAUUUUUGUUAAAAAAUGAAAAGAUACAUUGACUAUGAAAUGUAUAUACUUAGAUUAUUAAAUUAAAUUUUAUUAUUUUCUAGGCAUGACCAAUUUACAUCAAAAAAAACCAAUACCAUUUGUUAUUGAAUGGAUUCCAGAUGUACUUCCUAUUAGUGAGAUGGGUGAAUUGCGACUGACCUUCAAAUUUGGGCAUAUACCCUCCAAAAAGACUUAAACUUUAAUACUAUAUCCUAAAAAACAUAUUGAUUAUAAAAUAUUAGUGAAGUGUAGACUACUAAAUAAUUUUGGUUUAUAAAACUAUAAAUAAAUUUCAUU